AUGUAUCGACAUCCGCAGAUCACGCCGUACAAAAGCUCCUUCGAGUUUGAGCAGCUGAAGAAGUGGUUCUAUAGCGCUGAUCCAAAUCUGAGAGCACGAGCAGUGCAAAAGGUAGCCGCUUACGCUACCAAAGGAAGUCUUCCUCAUUCACUAGAGUCCACCUCGCUGCUUACCAGUGCGGCCUUGCUGGAUGAGCAAUUGAGCAGUACUAAUGACGACCCCAUGCCUAUCAGACUGAGCUACGCGAUGUCUCUGAUCAAGUUCUGCAACGGUCUUUUGGACCCUAUCCAGAAAUCUACCUAUGCUAUGAGUCUCAAUAGACUAGCAGAGAUACUGCAGCUUCCGACACAUUUUGUGGAGAUCCGACACGCCGGGACUCAUGAAAUGCUGCCGUCACUAGAAAUGCUCCGAUUCAGCGCCCAGAGUGCUCUGGGAUGGCUAGAGACUAAUUACUGGAACGAAGUCGUUGAAAACACGUCUUCUGAGCCGCCCGAGGAGAAGACUGACCAGGAAAUAGAUGCUUUGACCGAAAGCUUCAAAAAGCUGCGAAAAAUCCGCCGCGAAGACAUCCACAAGGUGUACAAAUUCGGAGACUCGACGGAAACGGGGUCAAAAUACUGGCAAGCGAUGAAGGUGCUGAAGAGCGUCAAACAAAACGUGCUAUUGAACUUCAUGGUGUACGAGAGCUGUUUGGUGCUCCGGACGCCGCUCAAUGAAAAGAAAGUGAAUGGCAUCAGACUGCUUUACAAGCCGAUCCUGGAAGAACUUGGCUACGACGUGGUGCUAGGCCUGUUCCAGACUUUUUUAGCUGCUGACACUAAGAAUGAGCUCUUCUCGGAGCAGCGCACCCAAUGGCUGCAGUACUUUCUCUCAAACAGCCUUACAUUUAGCCAGAACUCCAUCUACAGCAAGUUCGUCAACGUGCAUUCCGUAGGAGUGAUAUUGGCCUUGCUAGCAAGGCAUCCGCUGGAGUCAACAGUCACGCUUUUGGAAACUCUCAGUCAGCACAAACAGCUUCUGGAGCAAACAAAGCUUACAGCCAAAGUGAACGAUCAAAUAAAAUUCAUGCGCACAUUCUAUGUAUCGGGCCUUUCGUCUCAACCAGCGCUGAAGAAACAAAAGUCUGAGUCGCUGUUUCUUUUCGAACAACAUGAGCUUUGGGAGCCAAAACCUUUUGGACAACCUUGA